GGUGCAUAGCUCGCCUGCCUGUCAAUGUAAGGAGAUGAUUUGCACACAUCCCAGCUGAAUCCAGCAACUGCAGACACUUGCCUCUGGGCAACUGCAGGCUCUGAGUGUUUCCUCUCUCUUCUAAAACUGCUGCAUGUUUCUUGCCAUUGUGAAAUCCUUCAUGCAAAGAUAGUUGCAGAACUUUUGCUUGGUACUGGGUUGAAAUCUCCCCCCAGUCUCCCUCUCUCUUGUCUUCUGCAUGAUUUUUUGCUGUGUUUUAUAGACUACUAUUGACUCUGAAUGGAGAGGCUCCAGGAAAGCCUGAAAGGCUGAAUUCAAACCCAAAGCACAGCCAAGUAUGUCUGCAGCUGAAGCAGAGGAUGGUCUCCUCUCCUGUAGGAACUGUUCAUUGAAUAUGGAACUGAAUGGAACUCAGGAACAUUUGGGGAAGCCCACGGCUGACUAUGACGAGGAGGAAUUCUUGCGGUACCUCUGGAGGGAAUACUUGCACCCCAAGGAAUAUGAAUGGGUUCUCAUUGCUGGAUAUAUUAUUGUAUUUCUUGUGGCUCUUGUAGGGAACACCCUUGUUUGUGUUGCAGUUUGGAAAAACCAUCACAUGCGAACAGUUACCAAUUACUUCAUAGUAAACCUCUCCCUGGCUGAUGUCCUUGUCACCAUCACUUGUCUUCCAGCAACUUUAGUGGUGGACAUCACAGAGACCUGGUUCCUUGGUGACAGCCUUUGCAAGGGGAUCCCUUAUUUGCAGACUGUGUCAGUCUCUGUUUCUGUAUUAACUCUCAGCUGCAUUGCAUUGGAUCGGUGGUAUGCAAUUUGUCACCCUUUGAUGUUCAAAAGCACAGCCAAACGGGCAAGGAAUAGCAUUAUCAUAAUCUGGAUUGUGUCGUGCAUAAUAAUGAUUCCUCAGGCCAUUGUCAUGGAGUGCAGCAGUAUGUUUCCGGCAUUAGCCAACAAGACCAUCUUAUUUACUGUCUGCGAUGAACACUGGGGAGCUGAAAUCUACCCCAAACUGUAUCACACUUGUUUUUUCUUGAUCACGUACAUGGCUCCCCUGUGUCUUAUGGUACUGGCCUAUUUACAGAUAUUUCAAAAGCUGUGGUGCCGACAGAUUCCUGGAACUUCAUCUGUGGUUCAGAGAAAGUGGAAGCCGCUGCAGCCAGGAGCACAGACCCGAGGGCUGAGGCCAUCAGCAAGUUUGAGGAUUAGUGCUGUGACAGCUGAAAUCAAACAGAUUCGAACCAGAAGGAAAACAGCACGUAUGCUCAUGGUCGUUCUCUUGGUUUUUGCUCUCUGUUAUCUCCCAAUUAGCAUUCUCAACAUAUUGAAAAGAGUGUUUGGGAUGUUCAACAAUGCCAGUGACAGAGAAACUGUAUAUGCCUGGUUUACCUUCUCCCACUGGCUUGUGUAUGCAAACAGUGCUGCAAAUCCAAUUAUUUAUAACUUUCUCAGUGGGAAGUUCCGAGAAGAAUUCAAAGCAGCCUUUUCUUGCUGCUGCUUUGGUGUCAGCCGCCACCACCACUACCACCACGAUGAGCGAGCCAGAGGACGGAUAAGCACCGAAAGCCGAAAAUCCUUGACCACUCAGAUCAGCCAUUUCGACCACGCAACAAAGAUCUCAGAACACGUUGCACUGAGCAAUAUAAAUAUGCUACCUCCUGAUGGCACAGCACCUAUUCACCUCUGGUAGCCUGCUUCUUUUUGGGUUGAUCAGCGGCUUUGCCAACCGAAUCUGUGCAUCCCACUUGAACCAAUUCACGGCAGACAGAAAUGAAAUGCCAGACUGUGUGAACUGAUUGAAAACCACAUGAAAACAUCAGCUUUGUUUUCUUAGAGAAACCACAGCUUUGUUUAAAAGAGUGUGUGGUUUUCAUGUCUUUUGCUUUUCAACUGUAA